AUGCUUCAUUACCCCUCGUUUAUUCUACUCUCCUUUCCGCUUUUGGUUACAUGUUCGCUCCCCAUACUCUCAUUUCCUGGCCCAAUCGCCAAUUUUCGCUCGUUCCAAACAUUCAACGAUCCAACCCACGGAAGAGUCAAUUAUGUUGACCAAGGUUACGCCAAAACGAACAACCUUACCUAUGCAUCCGAGUCUAAAUUCGUUAUGCGCGCUGAUGCGGUCAACAACUCCAAAUCUCACCCAAGGGGACGGGAUAGCAUUCGCGUUGCCUCCAAGCAACAUUACGAAGACUCGGUCUUGAUUCUCGAUCUGACUCACAUGCCCACCGGGUGCGGUACUUGGCCCGCGUUCUGGACCGUCACAACCAGCGGGAGAUGGCCACAGGGAGGUGAGAUCGACAUUAUCGAAGGGAUCAACAAGCGCUCGUACAAUCUCGCCUCUCUUCAUACGACUCCAGGGUGCAAUAUGACAGGCGCUGUCCGUGUCAUGACAGGCGUCGGAGAAAGCAACGAGUGUGACGCCAAGCAGAAUAACAAUCAAGGUUGUGGUGUCAAAUUCAGACAAGGCUCUUUUGGACAGAGGUUUAACAAAAUGGGUGGGGGGUGGUUUGCAAUGCGCCGCACCGAGCAGGGUGUCAGUGUCUGGUUCUGGGGCCGUAAUGAUAUUUUGAUCCCAGAAGAAGUCCGAAUGGGUUCCAAAACUGUGCAACCUGAGUGCUGGGGCCUACCUGUAGCCGAUUUCCCCGCUGAGAAUUGUGAUAUGAAGAGCCACUUCGGACCGCACGAAAUUGUCUUUGAUCUGACUUUUUGUGGAGACUGGGCAGGGAGUGAAUACCCCAAAUCAGGUUGUCCUGGGACUUGUAUCGAUUUCGUCAACAAUAAUCCGAAAGAGUUUGUAGAGGCCUACUGGGAAAUCAAUUCUCUUCGUACAUACGUUUAG